AUGUCCGCCUCGGUGGGGCCCCAAGGCGGCCCGCGCCCACCCACCGCGCCGCCAUGCAUGCCCGAUCUGCCGGACCUCAGCCACCUCACCGAAGAGGAGAGGAAGAUCAUUAUGGGUGUGAUGGCUCGACAGAAGGAGGAGGAGGAGAAAGAACAAGCCAUGCUAAAUGAGCCCACACAGCUCAGCCAUCACGGUCUUGGGAUGGAGCCUCUUCCAAUCACAGUGCAGCCUGGCUACACGGGCCUCUCUAUAUAG